GCAGGAACCAAACUGUUCUGGAUCAGAUGUUUACAGAGAUCUACCUCCUGAAGGGAGGAGCUGCAGAGGUCAAUGAUGAACAUGAGGUCAGACAGAUUGAAACAGCAUCCUGGAAACCAGACAGACCAGAAACAAUAAUCAGACAAGAAGACAUCUUUAAAACCCCACCUGGAAGAGAUGAACCAAUCAGAGCAGUGAUGACAAAGGGAGUGGCCGGCAUCGGGAAAACAGUCUUAACACAGAAGUUCACUCUGGACUGGGCUGAAGGCAAAGCCAACCAGGACAUCCAGUUCUUAUUCCCCUUCACCUUCAGAGAGCUGAAUGUGCUGAAAGAGAGAAAGUUCAGCUUGGUGGAACUUGUUGAUUACUUCUUUAGUGAAACCAAAGAAGCAGGACUCAGCAGGUUUGAAGAGGUCCCGGUGGUCUUCAUCUUUGACGGUCUGGAUGAGUGUCGACCUCCUCUGGACUUCCCCAACACUGAGAUCCUGACUGAUGUUACAGAGUCCACCUCAGUGGGUGUGAUGCUGACAAACCUCAUCAGGGGGAAUCUGCUUCCCUCUGCUCGCCUCUGGAUAACCACACGACCUGCAGCAGCCAAUCAGAUCCCUCCUGGGUGUGUUGACAUGGUGACAGAGGUCAGAGGGUUCACUGACGCCCAGAAGGAGGAGUACUUCAGGAAGAGAUUCAGAGAUGAGGAGCAGGCCAGCAGAAUCAUCUCCCACAUCAAGAGAUCACGAAGCCUCCACAUCAUGUGUCACAUCCCAGUCUUCUGCUGGAUCACUGCUACAGUUCUGGAGAAGGUGUUGAAGACCAGAGAGGGAGGAGAACUGCCCAAGACCCUGACUGAGAUGUACAUCCACUUCCUGGUGGUUCAGUCCAAACAGAAGAAUAACAUGGAGAUGAUCAAGUCUCUGGGAAAACUGGCUUUUGAGCAGCUGCAGAAAGGCAACCUGAUCUUCUAUGAAUCAGACCUGACAGAGUGUGGCAUCGAUAUCAACGCAGCCUCAGUGGUCUCAGGAGUGUUCACACAGAUCUUUAAAGAGGAGAGUGGACUGUACCAGGACAAGGUGUUCUGCUUCGUCCAUCUGAGUGUUCAGGAGUUUCUGGCUGCUCUUCAUGUCCAUCUGACCUUCACCGACUCUGGAGUCAACCUGCUGUCAGGAACAAAAACAUCAUCAGCACAGUUCUACCAGAGUGCUGUGGACAAGGCCUUACAGAGUCUAAAUGGACACCUGGACUUGUUCCUCCGCUUCCUCCUGGGUCUUUCUCUGCAGACCAAUCAGAAUCUCCUACGAGGUCUGCUGACACAGACAGGAAGUAGCUCAGAGACCAAUCAGGAAACAGUGGAGUACAUCAAGGAGAAGAUGGAUGAGGAUCUGUCUGCAGAGAGAAGCAUCAAUCUGUUCCACUGUCUGAAUGAACUGAAUGAUCGUUCUCUAGUGGAGCAGAUCCAACAGUCCCUGAGUUCAGGACGUCUCUCCACAGAUAAACUGUCUCCUGCUCAGUGGUCAGCUCUGGUCUUCAUCUUACUGUCAUCAGAAGAAGAUCUGGACGUGUUUGACCUGAAGAAAUACUCUGCUUCAGAGGAGGCUCUUCUGAGGCUGCUGCCAGUGGUCAAAGCCUCCAAAAAAGCUCU